UGAGCGUGUCAGCAGCAAGGUCCAUAUCGAAUGUGGAUUCUGGGUGCGUGCUAAACGGUGGUCAGACAGCGACGUGCUGGCUUAAGAGAACGAAGAUGUUGUUGCGCUCGGGACUUCUGUGGCGGCUGGGCGUGCUGGGCGUGCUCUGGGCAGCGCUGAUGCUGUGCCAGCUGCGUGGCAGUGCAGCGCGCGUGAUCUACUUCAAUGCGCUGAGCAGCAAUGAGAGCUUGGCGGCCCGGAACGACAGCCUGGAUGCCGUGGGCAGGGGCAUGCUGUUCGAGUCACGGCGGAUGGGCUGCAGGCGUGGAUACAUGUACGAUCAUCACAAUCGCUGUCGCCGGAUUGUGUAGCGACCUUUGGACUGGGGCUCGUUACCUUAUCGCUUAUCCAGAACUCAUUAACGUUUAACAAAUACAUUAAACAUACAAAAUAUAAAAAAAAAGAAGAACGACGUCACAAGACAACCGCCAGCCCAUAUUUGUCAUGAUGAAAUUACGCGAAAUUUCACGAACUGCGCUAGACACUCCAUAGAUACCAAUGCAGAUACAAAAUACACGACUACAAGAUACACAGUGUUCCUAGAUAAAGGGAGCAACCGCACGGCGCUGACUCAGUCGUGCGCUUUCGAAUCGAUAAUGGAGCAUUUGCCUGCCACUGGCUCGAUCACAUUUUUGGAAACUUCGAUUCAUAUUGUCAUAGCAGCUGCUCUGUGACGUAGCCGGGGGCUUUCUAGGAAAGCCAUGAGGCAACCACUGCAGUUGAUUACAUCUAUCGUGGCCCAGCGAGUCAUGCUGCCGACGGUGUUUUUGGCCCACAAUAUGGGCCAGCGGUAAUCCCCUCUAAUAUAGCUCAGUUCGCUCACUCUGCUUUACAUUGUAUGAGGUUCAUACAUAUAUGGUUAUGUGGAAAACAUAUCUCCAAUUGCUGAUUGCUGUUUAAUUAGCUUUAUGUUGACUGGUCAGCCGAUCGGAAACAAAAACAAGUCAAUGUAAGCUAGUUGGAAUUAGUCGUCUAACGAAUACCCUAGACUAGCAUGGCGCUCAUUAAUGUUAAGCAAUUUUUCCAUCAAAUUCGAAUAAGUUUUUCCUGCAAUAUUAUAAGUAAACAUAGCCAAUUAGUUUAUUACAUUACAUUCACAUAUAUUUAAAUUUUCCCCCUUCAAAUUUACAGCCCUAAAACUUAAUUGAUAAUGAUUUCUCUAAAUAAGCGAUUAUAUUUUCAACAAAAAUUACAUUUCUAUACUUAUACUUAUGCACAUUUUUUUCGUGAAUUUUGUAGUUUAUCUUUCAAAUUCUAGCAACAAAUUAUUAUUAAUACAAUAAUUAUAAUAUACUCAAAUACUUUGUUCAAUAAAUUGAAUUAAAAUUUAA